AUGGCCGAUUUUGCGUGCACGUGGCUGCCCCACACGCGUGCUUGUCACGUGCGGAUCGAGCCGCCCUCGAGCCAGCCGCCGCCACAGGCGAACAAGGCCGAUCUCCGCCAUCGCCGACCUUUACCCGUCAUCGAACUUUGUCCAUCGCCGACCGCUGCCCACCGUCGCCCGCUGCGGCCCGCAAGGCGCAAAGCACAUACCGCUCGUGUUCUCCAAAGAAUAUCUCCAGCGUCCCGGCCGCCUCUUGUCGUGGCGCUGAGCCUCAGCUCGUCUCUGCCAUCGUUUCUCUCGGACAGAUUCGGCACAAGUACCCCCCCUGCUCUGCCGACUAUCCCGAACCAACCAUCCGGCUGCUGCUCGCUGCUGCCUGCCGUCGUGAGCUCGAUGGAAGAUCCACGACCCAGCGACUCUUCUCGGCUGCUGCCCACAACGCUCUUGCGUCCAUCGUUUCUCUCGUCCUCUUUCGACUCGCUUCCUCUGCCGUCGUUCGUCAGGACCCGCGCGGCAUCACUCACCCGCCGACUGCUCUCAUCUAAGCCUGAUCCGCACACGGUCGACUCGGAGGCCGCGCCGAUACCGCCGCAGACACCGUUGCAUUCUCCUUCGCCGUCGACGCCUCAACCAUCUGCAUCUGCCCUGGAUUUCGCCAGUGACCCACAGCCUUGCUCCUUGCCAUCUGCCACGGAGAAGCAGCAUCGACCCGCACGCUUUGUCAGAUCCCCCGAAGCGCCGACCGGAUCCGCGAUCCAAAUCCAGCGGCCUCUUUCGGAGCCAAGCGCUGCCGAAGAUCGACCUGGUCCUCGUCGUUCCCACAUCGACGUCCCCCGCGCUCUGGCGCCGCCGCCAAGGUCUCGAUUGUCAACGUCCCUCCGAUCGGAGGUUCUUCCCGUCGCGACUGGCAAGCCAUCUCUGGUCUCCUCUGCUUGGGAUAGCUCAUUGGCCAGCCUAGCACACCCAGCUGUCACCAGAGAUCCAGGAUUCUCCCCACUGCCCGGCGUUCGCCCUUUCCCGCCAAGAUCCAACUCGUCGUCUCCUGUCCAUCCGAUCCGAAAGUUGACCAGCACUCGAUACCCUCCCACCACCCCUGAGCUCGCCCUCUCGGCGCUGGCUGCUCUCCUCUGCUUAUCGUGUCUCUACUAUAUCCUUCGCGCGCUGCUGCUGAAUCUGGUGCUGCCCUUCUUUGGCCCGCGCUGGGCGAUGGCCUUCAUUCUCGUUUCAACCACAUCAACUGGGUUCGUGCUCCGGGCAAACUAUCAGUCCCUCUCGGCGAAAAUGCUCUCCUUGGUUCGCUCUGUGCCCACCGAGGAAACACUCGCCUUUGUUUCUGCCGUGCUCAUCACCGUCGCCCUGAUCAAGUUCACGCCCAUGUUCUUCAUGGUGCUGCACCGCCUUGCAAAGCGCGCCCCCAAGCUCGCCGACAUCUUCAUAUUCUGCUCGAUCGUCGCGUGGUUCUUUGGCUUUGUCCUCGUGGGCAUCGCCGCCAUGUUUGUCUUCUCCUGGGACCUGACCACAGCCGUGCACUCGAGUCUGGUGAAUCUGUUCCGGUGGAUCUGGGGGCCCUCUCUGGGCUCGCAUUCACCUGGUCCGUCUCCUGCCCACUCACAGACACCGACUCAAGGUGUCACCGACCCGCUUUUCCUGCCAUUGCCGGCUCGCCGACCGUUGUCCUCGGGUGUCUUUAUUGAACGACCCACGGCUCAUCUUUCGCCCGAGAUCGUCUCGUCACUGCCGAAGAGGGCACUACAUGACCAGGCUGUGAUACGCAACGUAGGCACAAGCGCUUCGGACGAGACCAUUGCUCGAUCUGUUUUUCGCCUGCGACCACCUUCGGGGACAUGCUUUCGACAAUCCCGUCGAGCGUCGCUCUCGUCUUCGGAAUCUGAUCUGCCGCCUCCGGGCGUCCCAACGACGCACCAGAGCCUUUUGUCGUCGAUGGACCACACCCGCCGAUCGCGUGCUUCAAGCGGUGCAGGCGGCGCCGAUCGACCGAAUUCAAAUACCAGUCACCCGGCGAACCUUGCCGGUGAAGCCUCUCCCUUCAAGGAUAAUCGGCAUUCAUCAAGCGAGUCCGUGACCAGCAACGACACGUUGUCCAUCAGAAGCGAGUGCGCUGCUCCUGCUGCUGAGAGCGGCCCAGUCUCGGCGUGGAUCUCUGCAGUUCAGCGAGAGUCAGAGACAUCGACUGGAUUCUGGGAGCCUCGCAACUGCCAAUGGAGCGCUGCUGACGGCCCGCCUAAGCGCAAGGCCCCGGCAUAUCGCCCACGGGAUCUCCAACAGCCAGGCGCAUCCUCCGACCCACGCAUCCGAUUUUCCCGGCCAGCAUCAAAGUGA